AUGUUUGGGGAGAAUAUCGAACCCGCGGUGAAGGUGGCAGCAGAAGAGGCCAUCGACGAUGCCGGAAAGCUACUCGUGCUUUGUGGUGUCCUCUCGACCUAUUCGACAUGGAGAUUGAGUCGGGUUGGAACUCAGUUGGACCAGCGCCGGUUUGACAUGGACAAUUGCAGCAAGUUAAGAACCGCAGAGGACCCUCCCACCCCUUCAGCCUAUCAUAACAUUGUCUCGACUCUAGUUUCGCCCAAAUCAUUUCUCUACAACCACCAACGCUUGCAACCCUCCCCGACACACAAUCCUGCCUCGCACGGAGGCACCACAUCGCCCACGAUGGAUAAGGCCCAGCAACCCAGCUCGUUCCAACAACUGGAGAAGCUCGGCGAAGGAACUUAUGCCACUGUCUUCAAAGGUCGGAAUCGCCAAACGGGCGAGUUAGUUGCCCUGAAAGAAAUCCAUCUUGACUCCGAAGAGGGGACGCCGUCAACGGCCAUCCGAGAGAUUUCGUUGAUGAAGGAGCUCAAACAUGAAAGCAUCGUUUCACUCUACGAUGUGAUCCACACAGAGAACAAGCUGAUGCUCGUUUUUGAGUACAUGGAUAAGGAUCUGAAGAAAUAUAUGGACACCCGUAGCGAUCGCGGUAACAUGGACCAGGCUACGAUUAAGUCCUUCAUGCAUCAGCUGCUCAAAGGAAUCGCUUUCUGCCAUGAGAACCGGGUUCUCCAUCGCGAUUUGAAGCCUCAAAAUCUCUUGAUCAACAAAAAGGGCCAACUCAAGUUGGGGGAUUUCGGACUGGCCCGAGCGUUCGGCAUCCCCGUGAAUACCUUCUCCAAUGAAGUGGUGACUUUAUGGUACCGUGCCCCAGAUGUCCUCUUGGGCAGCCGGACAUAUAACACGAGCAUUGAUAUCUGGUCUGCCGGAUGCAUCAUGGCUGAGUUGUACACCAGUCGUCCUUUGUUCCCCGGAACGACGAACGAGGACCAGCUACAGAAGAUCUUCCGUCUGAUGGGAACGCCUUCAGAACGCUCGUGGCCAGGUAUCUCCCAGCUCCCAGAAUACAAACCGAACUUCCAUGUCUACGCGACGCAAGACCUUGGCAUUAUUUUGCCCCAGAUCGACCCCUUGGGCCUAGAUCUGCUUAAUCGGAUGCUUCAACUCCGACCAGAGAUGCGUAUCAGUGCCCAUGAUGCCCUGCAGCAUCCGUGGUUCCAUGACCUUCCUCAACUGCAAGCGCAGUUACAGCAGCAGCAGCAGCAGCAGCAACAACAACAACAACAACAACAGGUGGCUGGAACAUAUGGGGGGAUGACCGCACCACAACAGGCAUAUUAG